GCUCCGCGCCACCGCCUGCGCCGGGGAGCCCGAAGUGGCGGUCAGUGAUGGACUGGCUGCCAUGACAACCCCGGGAAGUCGGCGCGGGCGUGUCUGCGUGCGCCGGGCGGCCAGCGGGCCAUUCCGGCACUGGGGACAGCGCCGAGCCGCCCAGCCCGGGGACAGCGCCGAGCCGGCCGGCUGAAGCGGGGCCCCGCCAGCCGCCGCCGCCGCCUGCCUGCCUGUCUGCCUGUCUCUCGCGCCCAGGCAACCAGGAACUCCGCGCCGCAAUUCGCCCAGCCGGAGCGCAGCUGGGCUCGGCCGGCAAGAAGUUGCCCGGGCGUCCCGGAGGCUUAGCCCGGGCUUUGCAUUCGGGCUCGCCGGAGCCGGGACUUUGGGAACUCUGGACGGGCAGGCUGCGGACCGGCGGCGGCGGCGGCAUCUCCCCUUCCGAGGCAGCAGCGCUCCAGCUCGGGCUGGCCAAGCGGGGGAUGCCCGCUGAACUCCGCGCCGCAAAGCGGGGCUGGUGAAGCGCGCAGCAGCCGGCCACCUUCGCCGCCGCUUCUUCCCCUCCUCCUCCUCCUGCUGCUGCUUCUCUUGCCGCCUCUGCUCGGCUCUGGAUUGCCAGGGGUUCCGCACCCCCUUCCUCCAUCACCCCGUCUUUUUUUUUUUUUUUGGCCCCCAGUUUUUGGGACUGCUGGUGCCCUUUUGGCUCUUGCGCUUUGCGCCCCCGCCGGGGUGGAUCUUGUCUAGCGCUAACUAGUCCCCGCAUCGCAGGAUGGGGCUCGUGGGGGGCUUGGUCCUGCCCUGGCGGUGCCUGGUGGUCGUGUGUCUCAGGCUGCUCUUCCUUGUGCCCGCAGGAGUGCCGGUGCGCAGCGGAGAAGCCACCUUCCCCAAGGCCAUGGACAACGUGACGGUCAGGCAAGGAGAGAGCGCCACCCUCAGAUGCAUUGUGGAUAAUCGAGUGACGCGGGUAGCUUGGCUGAACCGCAGCAGUAUUCUUUAUGCGGGCAAUGACAAGUGGUGUUUGGACCCCCGAGUGGAGCUUAUUGCCAACACCAAAACCCAUUAUGCCAUCCGGAUAAAUGACGUGGAUGUGUAUGACGAGGGACCUUAUACUUGCUCAGUACAGACGGACAAUCACCCCAAAACCUCGCGGGUCCAUCUCAUUGUGCAAGUACCUCCCAAGAUUAUUGAGAUCUCCUCAGACAUCUCCAUCAAUGAAGGUGGCAACAUAAGUCUCACCUGCAUAGCUACAGGAAGGCCAGACCCGACAAUCACCUGGAGGCAUAUUUCACCUAAAGCUUCAGGAUUCAUGAGUGAAGAUGAAUACUUGGAGAUCACGAGCAUCACCCGGGAACAAUCUGGGGAAUAUGAGUGCAGUGCCUCCAACGAUGUUGCAACUCCUGUUGUGCGGAGAGUAAAAGUCACCGUAAACUACCCACCAUAUAUCUCAGACACUAAGAACACUGGUGUGCCAGUGGGUCAAAAAGGCAUCCUUCAGUGUGAGGCCUCUGCAGUUCCAUCAGCAGAAUUCCAGUGGUAUAAAGAUGACAAACGGCUUCUUGAAGGACAGAAAGGGCUGAAAGUGGAAAAUAAGGCCUUCUUCUCCCGUCUUACUUUCUUCAAUGUGUCUGAACAAGACUAUGGAAAUUAUACUUGUGUUGCCUACAACCAACUAGGAAACACUAAUGCUAGCAUUAUUCUCUAUGAAAUAAGUGAGCCCACAAGCUCAACCUUGUUCCAAGUGCAUGAUGGGAACAGUGGUGGCUCAAGAAGAGCUGGCUGUGUUUGGCUGCUUCCGUUGCUUCUUUUACACCUCCUGCUCAAGUUUUGACCUUUUCGACAAUGGUGAUUCUAAGAGGAAGGGAAGGGGAAAGAAAAGGAAGAAUACUUUUACAAAGUCAGAAAAUAAUCAUAAUAGUCAAGAAUAUAUUAUCACAAAAUCUCGGCGAGAAAGAAAACAAGUCUGAAAAAAAAAAAUCAAGAAGAAUCCCCAAUGAUCUACUGAAGUUCCAACACAAUGGAGCAUUCUGUUUUCUUUCUAUUUUUAUUCCUUUUUUUUUCUGUCAUGGACAAGUCUGCAGCUGUUGGUGACCAAUCAGUGCAUUUGGCUAAGGAGUGAUCAUUUUGCCCCUUUGGACUCAGUUGUUUCGUUGUUCUUCUUUAGAGAUCCCAGUUUUCUGAUCUGGAGGAUUCCCAGAUCCCCUGUUUGCCACCUCAUAUCUCAUGGCUUUCUUCCACCCAUUCUCACCACUUCACGGACUCUGCUCUCCUCCAUAUAAUUGCCAAUCCUAACCGAGAAACAAUCCAUCACAACCACCUUUUCAAAAGGAUCAUGCACAGCUGCAAGAAAACAACCACCGUCACACAACGAUUAAGACAUUAAUUCAUUGUACUACGUGGAUGUACUACAUGGAUAUUACGGGAUUCCGAUUCAUUAUUAAUUUUAUUAAUUAUAUUUUCUGAUAUGAGCCUAGAACUGUUAGUUCAUUUAAAAAAAAAGUACAAAAAAAAUCAACAAAAAAAGAAGAAGAAACGAAUGAAUGAAAUAAAUUGAAUACUGGGCUUCUAAACUAGAUUUCCAGGCUGUGGAGCAUCAGUGUCAAUGGUGGUUUGUGUGAUCAAUUGGGAUGAGAAUGGACAGUUUUGUAGGUGAAAUUGUGAGAUGGAAACAAUGGGCUCCACCAGCAGAACUGAGUAACUCAUUCCUUAUUCUGGUGUUCAAAUGAAGAAGGUUUUCCACUGUUUUCAUAAAGUUUGGAAGUUCAAAGGUUGAUGCUCACCGUACCUUGAGUUUGAUUGAUAUGCUUAUUCUUUUUACGCUGUGUGUGUAUGUAUGUAUGUGCGUGUGUGUAGUGUAUACACACACACACACAUGCACACAUUCACUGUCUAUACAGCAUAUAUAUAUAUAUAUAUAUAUAUAUAUAUAUAUAUAUAUAUAUAUAUAUAUAUAUAUAUAUAUCAAACAUUCUAGCACAUUAUUUCUCAGCUGGGUCCUUACACACAUUACUGCAUGCUGUAAAUGGAGUUAACUGUGUAUUAGACUGGAGGAUAAAGUUUUAUUGGUAACUGUGUAUUUAACUCCUCCCUCUUUUUUUUCUUUUUCCUGUUUUCUUUUUUUCUCUUUCCUUCUCUCCCUCUCCCCUUCCCUCCCUCUUUCUUAUUUUCCUUUGAAUUAUUUGCAUUAUGAAGACAUUUAUAAAGAAAAAAGAAAAAGAAAAAAAAUCUGCAGCAUUUUGUUUCCACAUCCAAAAUUAUUUAAAGGGGUGAAAUAAUGAUGGUUAAAAGCUAACACACUUCCUUUCCCCCAUCCUUUCUCACCCUGCACAACUCUUUACAGCUCCAGAUUAAAAAAAAAACAUGGCAAGGACUGCAAAAAAAGAAAAGAAAAAUGAAAAGAAAGAAAGAAAGAAAGAAAGAAAGAAAGAAAGAAAGAAAGAAAGAAAAAAGUUUCAAAUAAUGCUAUGUCUUUUAAGAAGAAAGGGGAAAAAAGAAACUCUUCUCAAAUUGCAUUUGUUUGGUCUCUCGUUUUUUUUUGUUUGUUUGUUUGUUUUGUUUUGUUUUGUUUUCCUUUUCAAUGGACCUGGAGAAGCGCACUUUGAUGUUGGAAGUUGGGAAUAACCUAAAAAAAGAGGCCUUUUUUUGCCCUUGGUUUGUUUGGAGGUUAAAGCGGGAGGUUGUCUCUGACUUUACAUUAAAAAGAAAAAGAAUAUGUAUCCCUUUGUCUAUUCAUCUGGUUGUGCCUUCUCAUUCCUAAGUUGAUGGGGAGGAGGAUUUGUGUAUCUUGAGCUCAGUAAAACAAAACAUUGAACCGGGAUACAAGAGAAAGGUGAGUGAGGAGGCUACAGUGAGAAGCCAGCACUGGGAAAGGUAAGUAGUAACUAAACCAUCCAGUUGCCUUCAAUCCAAUCCAGUGACUCCUAUCUGGGUGUCUUCUCUAAGUUCAUUUAGUGAUAGAACAUCUCAUCAGCAAAUUCAGAGAUCCUCACUCUUAUGAAGGAGGAGAUGAGAACUAAUCCAGGACUCAUUACAUUUCACUCUUGUAAAUAUUAGAACAUAGAGUCAUGGGGUUGGAAGAGUCCAUGGAGGUCUUCUGAUCCAACUCUUCACUCAAGCAGGAGCUGCUAUAUCAUUCUGGACAAAUGGCUGCCCAGUCUCUUCUUGAAAACCUCCAGUGAUGGAGCACCCACAACUUCUGGAGAUAAGCCAUUGCACUGAUUGUUGAAACAAACAAAAAAGAGCACACUGGAAGGCUAUGACGGAAUCAGACAAAAUCCUUGCCUGCUAUAAAUUCUCCAUUCUGCAGCUCUGUCAGUCUUGACGUUCACCAUCCAAUGUCUUAACCUGAGCUUGGAAAGAGACUUCCUCUCACUCAAUAGAACUUCAUCCAUUUGCCUACAAUUAACAAUCACAUGUCAGUUGAUCAGCUGGGAAUAUUCACAAUAAAUAUUUUCCUUGUUUUGUUUUGUUUUUAAA